AUGGAACAUAUCGUAAAGCUACAUGCAGCAUGGUGUAGGAGCUUACAGCAAGCGAUUGAGCUGGAUAUGGGAGGCGAGGAGCUGGUUGGAGUGGAAGCUUACGAGAGACUUGCGAGUCGCAUGACGAAAGCAUUACCAGCUUGUCAUCGUUUCACGGAUGCACAAAAGCAGAUAAUCGAAAACGUCAUAGCGGCAUUAGAAAUGCGAGCCAUGGGUAUGAGCUCUGCCAUUGGACAACGAAGGCCGACGAAGGAGGAUAUGGCAGAUGUUCUUCACGCUCUUCAUGGAGCGAUGUCGAAUGAGCCAGAGAUCCUCCCUAUUCAUAUCAGUCAAUCGAAUCAGUCAACACAGCAAGCGACACCUGACGAAAAGGUCGGGAAUGAAAUAAAUAUGAAGAGUUUUGUGGCAGAAACUGCAAACGCUUCGGCGCUCCGAUCGCUUAAAGCCACUUAUCUGGAUAUUCAGAUCGUCAAAAUUGGUCUAAAAGAUGCCAAUGUUUACAUGAACCCGACGAUUGUUGUCUCGAUAGUAGACUACAGCGGCAAGUUGAUGGAAGAGACGCACGAAACUGGAGUGGGAGCUUGUACUGAGCUUCAAUAUGUGAUGUUUUCGACCCACAUUUCGCUUGCUACCAAUGUGCGAAAGAUGGAAGACUACGGAGCUGCCGUUGUCUUUGAGUUCUUUCACUAUAAAGCGAAAAAGCGCAAAAAGAGCUGCCGAUGCUGGGCUCUACUUGAAAUGGCAAAUCUGAGAAACGGACACACGAUGCUCGAGCUCUACCAAAAGCCAAUGGAUCCAAAACGUAAGCGCAUAUAUCUUUUCACCGAGAAAAAAUUGUAUUUGCACUUGGAUCUCAAACUGCAGACUCGAUAG